AUGAAAGAAGUCAAGUUAGAGAUAAAUGUGGACAAAAUACUAAAAGCAUGCAAGGCCAUCAACACAGAGGGGUCAAAUGUGCACCUCAGCAAAAACACUCCAAAAGAGCACUUGUCUAUGCUAGAGGAGAUGUUCAAAGACGAUAAUCUGAAAAUAGAAAGUGCGCACAAUGAUAAAGAGAAGGAAUGCAUCCUAAAAAUAGUCAAGAGCAGAGCCUCUCAGCACUUUGCAUACAACGCUAAUGGCGCAAAGCACAUGUCUGAGCUACACGAUGCAUUAAUGGGCAAAGAAGGCGUGGACUUUCAAACUGCAUUCAUUUCCGUGCUUGAGGAGCUCAUAAAACCAAAUACGCUUAUAUACAGCCCAGCGCACGGAAUAAAGAGACGGGUUGACAGAAAUGAGCCGCUAGAAAAUAUAACCCUGUCCGACGGAACUGUUGAUCCAAGCCCUAGAGCAUGCACACUGGAGAUAGACGAUGCAAGGUUUUUAGGCCUGGAAAGCCUCCUCCAGUUUACUGAAGAGGGUCUGGACAGAAAAAACUUCUCUGCUGUCUCUUGUCUGCCAGAGUCAAAAGACAUAGUAUCAAACAUCCAUUGCAUCGAGGAAUACUAUAAUCUGCCCAGCCUGUACACUAAGGAAUAUAAAGACACUGGCAUUCCAUUGGUAGACUACGGGCUGAAGAUCAUCCACGAAAAAUACGAUGCAAUUAAAAAGCUGAAUAAGGAGAUCGGAGAGACAGAAGCCAACAGUGAUAAAAAUCAAAAAGAAAAGAUUAAUGAAAACAUUGAGACUCUGUUUGGUUCUGGCGGCUUAGAUGUAGUUGUUUCUGUCCUUGACAGUCUAGAAGAAAUCAAGCAUGAGAAGAUUAUGCACAGCAAAACAAUCAAAGCAAUAGAGUGCAUGGCAAGCAACGGCAUAUUCUUGGAUGAAACAGACGGAAAAAACAGACUGCAGAUGACCAAUAACUUAAAUUAUUUCUACAAAAAAUACAUAGACAGCACAGGCUUAGUUGAGAAGUUAAACAAGAAAAUAAUUGCAAUGGAUAGCAAAAUAAAAGAUGAAAAAGUAUCUCUUGAUGCAGAAAAAGCAAAAUACAAAGAAGUAGAAGCACACUUAAAAGCACUGGAAGGCGCAGAAAACUCUGACUCACAGGAAUACGAGCAAGAAAUAAGGGUGAAGAAUGGUGAGAUGGAAACAAUAAGACGCACUGUUAACAAUCUAGAGCAUGAAAUCUAUUUGCUAGAAUGUGAAAGAGAAAAAGAAAAUAUGGACCAUAAAAACAUUGAAUUGGUUCUACUUAGCCUAGAUCUACUAUCUCGUAUGAGCUUAAACCAAAAGAAGUAUUUCGUGAAGAAGAUAGAAAAACAUGCCAAAAUGCUGGGUGUAGAGGUGGAAACAGUGGGGCCUUCUAUACACGAAGAAGAAGAGAUAUCUGGUGAAAAAUACCCCUUUCUAACAGAAACAACUAGAACAAAGAUAAUUAAAGCAUUUAUGUUUAUAUAUGCUUUUAUAAUAAUAACAAUACUGCUUAUUCAUACAAAGAAUGAUCUGAUAGAAUAUUUCAAUAGCUGA